AUGAGUGAGUCGAGUAGGAGUCCCCAGUCACCGUCACAAGCCGCUGCAAUGGAUCAAGCUGCUCACGAUCAAUGGACAAUCCAGGAUGGGGACCGAUUCUUCAUGUCGCCGGACCUGGAACUGGAUGCACUGGUCGACCCUUCGCUCUUUCCUAAUAAUUCACCUGAAAACUAUCCCUUUCCUAUGGCAGACUUCAAUGCAUUCAUGGCCUCCUCAAACCCGUCACCAGCAUCACAUCAUCAAACAAAAUCAAUAGGCGAGGGAUACAUAACACCAUCCUCUAUUUCACAAGGGAGCAUACAGGGCUUCCCCUCAGCGGCAGGACUCGAGGAUGCUCACAAACGCAUCUCAAGAUUAAGAGAGAAUCUGGCAGGGCCACCGAUUCAAGCAACCCCUUCCCAAGCAGAUGGCGUACGCUUCAACCACAUUUUUAAAGCCAUGACAGCUGCUGGCUUCAACAACUUCGACGAAAUGGCAACGGCGUACUACACCACGGACUUCGCGCGCUCCUCAGCCGCAUACGACAUGCAACGACAAAGUCGCCUCAGGCAUCUCCGGACAUUCUUAUCAUCAGUGAAAUCAAACGCCCAAUCAUGGGGAGCCCGAGAACGACGCGGUUGGACCGAAGAGAUUGUCGCCGCAGCAGAAGAGUUCCUAACCAUCGAAGUCCAGCGGCUCCUCGAAGCGAUGCGCAACGGCAACGUCGAAGGCAUGAAGGAAAUGGAGAGCAGCCCGCAGGCCCAGGCUGCCUUCUUCCAAGAACUUCUUCCAGACCUGUGGUCUCUGCUCACGCAAAUAGUGGCUACGUCUGGUCUGGAGCAGCCGUAUUCUUCGAAGGUCGUUCUUUCUGCGGUGCAGGUUUUGAUUGGCUUUGGGCCCAUGCGCUAG